UACUGAUUGAUUGUUACAUCAGGUCCGCGGAGAGGCGGGUAUGUAUUUGCGGAGUCUUAAAGUCUGGUUCCACUGCAGCCUUUAGGUACUCUGCAAUGACUAUGAGAUGAAGUAUAAGAACCAGGCUCCCGAAGCCACGGAUGAAACACGUUCCAAUACAAUUCAUCACGAUCUUCACAAUGCCAACCUUUGAGGAACACGAUGUUGGCUACGCCGACAACAAAAACAUUCACUAUCUCGCCGCUGGUCCAGUCAAUGGACCUCUCCUCAUAUUCGUCCAUGGCUGGCCAGCAAUUGCACUAGCAUGGAAACCUCAGCUUGAGGCAUUCAGCGCUCUAGGAUUCCGGGCCAUCGCACCGGACAUGCCCGGAUACGGCAAAUCAACAGCCCGCAAAGUCAUCGAGGACUAUUCCCAGCAGAGCAUUCUCGAAGGCCUUCUGGCACUCCUCGCACACACCGGUCGGAAGGAGGCCAUCUGGAUCGGUCACGACUGGGGUUCUCCGUGUGUUUCAACAGUUGCUGCCCAGCAUCCUGAAGUUGUCAAGGCGCUGGUGAACGUCUGCGUUCCGUAUCGCACACUCGACUUGGGACUGAACAACAUCCUGGCCUUUGUUGACCGCCAGGUCUAUCCCGAGGACCAAUAUCCCUACGGGCAAUGGGACUACAUGCGCCAUUACGAAGAGGACUUUGAGAAGAGUAUCGCCUGGUACGAGAAGGAUAUUGAGGGAAUCAACAAGGCUUUGUGGCAACCGGGCAAGCCAGUUUAUCCCCCUAAGCCCACAUUCACUGCUACAGUUAGAAAGGACGGAGGUUGGUUCGGCGGCAUCCCAAAACCUCCAUCACCGGAUCAACUCCCAGCUCCCCUCCUUGAGGGAGAUGUCUUUGAUGAGUUCACCAAAGCGAUGAAAAAGACAGGAUACUGGCCGGGAUCAGCCUACUACAUGAAUCACGAGCGUAACCACGAGUUCAACUCAAAGGCACCAAACGAUGGCAAAUUUGAGAAGCCUGCUUUACUCAUUCAUGCAGCAUUCGACUACGUUUGCGAGACCAAGACCACUCGAGUGGCCGAGCCAAUGCGCCAGGCCUGUAGCAACCUCACCGAAGUUACUGUGCAAGCUGGACAUUGGGCGAACAUGGAAAAGCCGGCUGAGACCAGCGCAGCUCUUUCUAGGUUCAUCAUUGAGGAGGUUCCUGAUUACUGGCCUGGGUUUUGGGAAAGCGGGUAUACGAAGCGCGAAAAGUCGGUGCUAUGAUUUCUUUACAAUUCAGUCACCGUAAGGCAGCAUCGCUAUAAGCUAUCCUGUUAAGGUACAUGCAAUCAAUGGAGUUGAAUAUUUUACAUUACGUUCUGAACGAGCUUGGACACCUUGGUAAUUUUAAAUUGUGGCAUGAGCUACACCUGGAUGAGCGUAAGUAGAGCACCCUAAGGAAGUAAGAGAAUCAAGAUACUAAAAGUCU